AUUUGCCGAAUCACAAAAAUUUCAUCUGACUCUACCCACCCCACCAAUUCUCAGCUUUCUUUAUUUACUUAUAUUUAAUAUCAACAAAUUUUCAUCACCUGUGUUUCCUUGAGACUGUGUAAUAAUCACUUGGAACUGAGUAUUUGUGAGUUUUGUUACAGUGUGAGAUUGAGAAGAACAGUGUGCUGGCUGGCUUCACGCGGAACGAGGGAGAGAGACCUCUAAUUUUUGGAAGCUGAAAUCUAUUUUGUCAUUUUCUGUGGAGUGUUGAGGAUUUUUUAAUUCUGGGUUUUUGUGUAUGUCGCGUAUAAUGCGGAGUGUUUUGAGGUUUUUUUACGGUUGGGUGCCGAUCGGGGAAGCGCGGGCGGUUUGAUGGAAUCGAGUUUGUUCACAUUAAGCGCCGCCGUUCCAUGGAGUUGAGGAUUCGUUGUAACCGAUGUGCCGAGGUUUCUUUACUCCAAAGAUUUGAACUGAAUUUUGCUGUCAUUUGUGUAAAGGUUUUAUUGGUUUUGCUGCUUUUGGAAGUUGCUUUGGCAACGGCGAAAGAGUUCGGAUUGCAAAGGCAAGGAAUUGGGUGGGACAAAGAAACUAUAGUAACGCAUUCUUGCAUUCACGAUCAGAUUAUUGAGCAAAGGAAAAGACCUGGUCGCAAGGUGUAUUCUUUCUCCCCUCAGACCUAUGUCGAGCCUGAUGAUUCCAAGUCCCUUCAACGAAGAGGAAGGGCAUUGCUUGGUGUGUCUGAAUUGUCAAAGCAGCAAAACAAUGCUAAGCAACCUAUUAGGAUUUAUCUGAAUUAUGAUGCCGUUGGUCAUUCAUCGGAUAGAGACUGCCGGAGUGUGGGGGACAUAGUUAAGCUAGGGGAACCAACCGGUGCUUCUUUCUCUGGUACUCCUUCUUGUAACCCACAUGGGGAUCCUCCAAUUUAUGGUGAUUGUUGGUACAAUUGUACACUGGAUGAUAUAGCUGGGGAGGACAAAAAGCAUCGCCUUCGAAAGGCUCUUGGGCAGACUGCCGAUUGGUUCAGAAGAGCCUUAUCUGUUGAGCCUGUGAGGGGGAAUUUGCGUUUGAGUGGAUAUUCUGCAUGUGGUCAAGAUGGAGGCGUGCAACUUCCUAGGGAAUAUGUGGAAGAGGGCGUUGCUGAUGCGGAUUUAGUUCUUUUGGUUACAACAAGACCGACAACAGGCAACACUCUGGCAUGGGCAGUGGCAUGUGAACGUGAUCAAUGGGGCCGUGCUAUUGCUGGCCAUGUAAAUGUUGCACCCCGCCACUUGACUGCUGAAGCAGAAACUCUGCUUUCUGCCACACUUAUUCAUGAGGUCAUGCAUGUCCUUGGGUUUGAUCCCCAUGCGUUUGCUCAUUUUCGGGAUGAGAGAAAAAGAAGGCGUAUUCGGGUUACUGAACAAGCCAUGGAUGAAAGACUUGGACGAACAGUAACAAGAGUGGUGCUUCCUCGAGUUAUCAUGCACUCACGCCAUCACUAUGGGUCGUUCUCCGAGAAUUUCACUGGUUUGGAGCUGGAAGAUGGCGGUGGGCGUGGCACAUCAGGGUCUCACUGGGAAAAAAGACUUUUGAUGAAUGAGAUUAUGACUGGAUCGGUUGAUACUAGAUCUGUAGUUUCUAAAAUGACACUUGCUUUACUCGAGGACAGUGGAUGGUACCGUGCUAAUUACAGUAUGGCAGACCAUCUUGAAUGGGGUCGCAACCAGGGAACUGAGUUUGUUACCUCUCCUUGCAACCAUUGGAAGGGUGCUUAUCAUUGCAACUCGACACAAUUUUCUGGAUGUACAUAUAACAGGGAGGCAGAAGGUUACUGUCCUAUAGUAAGUUACAGUGGCGAUCUUCCACAGUGGGCUCGCUAUUUUCGACAGGCUAACAAAGGUGGUCAGUCAUCAUUGGCUGAUUAUUGUACUUACUUUGUAGCUUACUCUGAUGGUUCAUGUACGGACACCAAUAGUGCUCGGCCGCCUGAUAGGAUGUUGGGCGAAGUGCGAGGAAGCAAUUCAAGGUGCAUGGCCUCUUCAUUAGUGCGUAGUGGGUUUGUAAGGGGUUCUACUACCCAAGGAAAUGGUUGCUAUCAGCACAGGUGUAUAAACAAAUCACUCGAGGUUGCUGUGGAUGGCAUUUGGAAAGUCUGUCCUGAGUCUGGCGGACCCAUCCAGUUUCCUGGCUUCAACGGUGAACUGAUCUGCCCUGCUUACCAUGAACUCUGCAAUGUGGAUCCAGUUCCUGUAUCUGGUCAAUGUCCUAAUUCAUGUUAUUUUAAUGGUGAUUGCAUCGAUGGAAGAUGUCACUGCUUUUUGGGGUUCGAGGGCCAUGAUUGCAGCCAGCUUUCUUGUCCUAACAACUGCAACGGUCACGGUGAGUGCCUUAAAGAUGGUGCUUGUGAUUGUGAAAAUGGUUUCACCGGUAUUGACUGCUCUACAGUUAUUUGCGAUGAGCAAUGUAGUCUUCAUGGUGGGGUCUGUGACAAUGGUGUCUGUGAGUUUCGUUGCUCCGACUAUGCGGGCUAUACAUGCCAGAACAGCUCCAUGCUUCUCCCGAGUCUCUCAGUGUGCAAAGACGUACUGGAGAAAGACAUCUCAGGGCAGCAUUGUGCGCCCAGUGAAUUAAGUAUCUUACAACAGCUAGAAGAAGUCGUGGUGAUGCCCAACUACCACAGGUUGUUUCCUGGAGGUCCUCGGAAGUUUCUAAAUUACAUCCGGGGCAAAGACUGCAACGGAGCCGCUAAGCGAUUAGCCUGCUGGAUAUCCAUUCAAAAGUGCGACAAAGAUGGAGACAACAGGCUACGAGUGUGCCACUCCGCAUGCCAGUCAUAUAACGUAGCAUGUGGGGCGUCGCUUGAUUGCUCAGACCAAACCUUAUUCAGCAACAACGAUGAGGGCGAAGGUCUGUGCACCGGCUGGGGCGAACUAAGUUCAUGGUUGUGACGGCCAACACCAAAAAACAAGUCGACGACACGUCUCAAGGAAUCAUGUAUAUUGUAGAAAGCUUUAGUGUUCAUUUUUCCUUGCACAGCUUGCCAUUUUUUGUGGGGUAGGCUUUGUAGGAAAAACUUGGCAGAAAUUGCAGGUUUACUAGUGCAAAAGUUCAUUUUCCCCAAGCCAAAAUUGUUUGGGAGUAGAUGAUUGUUGAGAUUAGGGUUCCAAACAGGAAAGCCCAAUCCCAAUGUAGAGAGAAUUAAGGAUGUAAGAAUAGUGGAAAAAGUGAAAACAAAGUAGGAUGACAGAAAGUAAUUAAUGUAAACGUGGCCUAAGGCCUUGAUGAAAUGUAAUGUACAGUUCCAACUUCUGGUCUUUGUUCCUUAAUAUGCUUAAUUGUAUAGGAGGAUUAAAGUGCAAUUUUCGAGUUUA